AGGGCAAAAUAACACACACACACGCGGAAAAACACAGCUCGAACCCGAUGGGAGAAGAGCCACCCUUUCCACCGCCGCACCACCACCGCCUGUGUUAAGAGGGGAUUGAUAUCGAAAAUUUCCAUACCGGAAUACAUGGCCGGAGCCACCGGAACCGCCUCUACGUCCACCUCUGGAUCGCAUAUUCCGACGCAGAAGGAGAUGAAGGGGCUGUUAUUAGGGCGAUACGAAAUUGGGAAGCUCCUAGGGCACGGGACAUUCGCCAAGGUUUAUCACGCCAGGAACGUGAAAACCGGAGACAGCGUGGCGAUUAAGGUGAUCGACAAGGAGAAGAUCCUGAAGGUGGGGCUAAUCGCGCACAUCAAGCGCGAGAUCUCGAUUCUGAGGAGGGUGCGCCACCCGAACAUCGUGCAAUUGUUCGAGGUUAUGGCGACCAAGACUAAAAUCUUCUUCGUAAUGGAAUACGUCAGGGGCGGCGAGCUGUUCAACAAGGUCGCCAAGGGCAGGCUCAAGGAGGAGGUCGCCAGAAAGUAUUUCCAGCAGCUGAUUUCCGCCGUGUCGUUCUGCCACGCGCGCGGCGUAUACCACCGCGAUUUGAAGCCGGAGAACAUACUGCUCGACGAAGAUGGGAACCUCAAAGUUUCCGAUUUCGGCCUCAGUGCUAUAUCCGAGCAGAUUAAGCAAGACGGCCUUUUCCACACCUUUUGCGGCACGCCGGCCUACGUGGCACCGGAGGUGUUGGCUCGGAAGGGAUACGAUGCGGCUAAGGUCGAUAUCUGGAGUUGUGGUGUGAUACUGUUUGUUUUAAUGGCAGGGUACUUGCCGUUUCACGAUCAAAAUGUCAUGGCUAUGUAUAAGAAGAUCUACAAAGGUGAAUUCAGGUGCCCGAGGUGGUUUUCGCCUGAAUUGAGCCGGUUAUUGACGCGUUUGCUCGGCACAAAUCCCGAAACGAGGAUGACAAUUCCGGAAAUCAUGGAUAAUAAAUGGUUCAAGAAGGGGUUCAAGCAUGUGAAAUUCUACAUCGAAGACGACAAACUGUGUAACAUUAACGACGAUGUGAAUUACGACAUCGGUUCUUUAUCCGACCAGUCUUUGUCUGAAUCCGAUUCCGAAUUGGAGACGAGGAGGAAGAUCACUACUAGUCUUCCUCGGCCUGCUAGCUUGAACGCGUUCGAUAUUAUCUCGUUUUCGCGUGGUUUUGAUUUGUCGGGGUUGUUCGAGGAAGGAACAGAUGGAGGGGCAAGAUUCGUUUCAGGGGAACCGGUGUCGAAUAUAAUUUCGAAGCUGGAAGAAAUUGCCAAAGUUGUGAGCUUUACAGUGAGGAAAAAGGAUUGCAGAGUAAGUCUUGAGGGAUCGAGAAAUGGUGUGAAGGGGCCGUUGACUAUUGCAGCUGAGAUAUUCGAAUUGACACCGUCUUUGAGAGUGGUUGAGGUGAAGAAGAAAGGAGGUGAUAGAAUAGAAUACGAGGAAUUUCGUGACCGUGAAUUGAAGCCUGCCAUGCAAAGUCUUAUGAUGGGAAACGUUGCCGGUUCUUCGUAUUUGCCCUCGGACACCGAAUAAAGAGAUGAAAGAAAGAGGGAGAAGAGUACGCCCGUAAUUUCCUACUUAACACUCGGUGGCUUCUUGAUGAUAAUCGUUAUGUUUUUCUUUUUCGUUUUUUUCUCUGUUUUUCUACCUCGUGUUCUGCUAGUUAGAUGAAUGUUAAAUGAAAAAUUAUUCUUUUUUGUUAAAUUACUCUUUGCUUUGAAGUUGAUCCUAUAAAACCUCGUGUUGCCUCCUUGAUGGCCGUUUGCUCCCGAGGGUUUAUAACUCGGUACGUUUUACCCUAUUAGUCACAAUUACUUGGUCCGAGGCUCCAUUACCAGACGAGUAAUCUGAUUUUCGACUUCCUA